UCACAAAACUAUAUAUUUUGAGUUGACUACCCGCCAUUAAAACUAAUUAUGCCAUUACAGUAUUGGUGAUUAGAUCGAUUAUCUGGAAUGUUAUUUAUGUUUACUAAUUUGUGGCGAUUGCAUGAUCCAUUGGGAGACAAAAAAUAAAGUAGACGACUUAAUUAGGUAUGGAAAUUGUGUGAUACAUUGAGCGAAACAACUAGGCAACUUCAGUAGAAGAAAAAUAAGAUGCCGAGGCUCAAUUUCUUACGACCCAUAACAACAUUCGGCAAAUGCUUGGGGCUUUUCCCGUAUUGUGAUUGGAGGGACGGCGCACCAAAGUGUCCAGUAGCGAACAAAAUAGUUGCAAUUGUUACAAGCAGCUUUCUAAUAUUUGGAACAUUCUUCUUCAAUUCACCGCCGGAGAUGAUGUCUAAGCCAAAAUUCGUAAGGAAUGCAGCAUACUUAAGAAAAAUGAUCUUAACUUUAUCUGCUAUCAAUUGUUACCUUACAACGAAUGUAUUUGAUCCUAAAGGUUAUCAAGCACUGAUAUAUUGCUCGAAUCGAUGCGAUAUAUUAUUUGGACUUAAAACUUCCAAAAUAUUUGACAUUAUAGCUGUGAUCUUGGCAUUUAACUUGUAUUUAUUCACCUUAAUAUCGUACGACAUUUAUUACUUGCACGGAAGAGACCAAACUAUCUUUUAUAUAUUCCAAGCUUUUGAAUCGUAUCUUUUAUUCGUUACAAUUUUCAUUGUAAUUACUUACUUCGUAUUCAUUGACAAGAUUCUAAAAGGUUUUUUGGAGCGCUUGGCCAAGCCUCAGACUGACGUACGGAGGUUGCGAGCAUUAGGCGCUUCCUUUCAUAACAUCUGCGACCUUAUUGGAUAUUUCAACCAAGUCUUCGGAGCGCAAUUGGCUCUAAUAGCAAUACUAUUACAGAUCGACAUAGUAAUAACAAUAAAUUCUUUACUUGUAACGGAAUUUACUGAUAUUCCUCCGAUGUUUAAAUCACAUAUAUGCUGGACUAUCACUUGCAUAGUGCCUGUGAUUCUUGGAACUCAAAGCUGCGAAAACAUCAAACGUAAGUUGAAGAGCAUUCGAGAUAUGUGCUCUCGCAACAUUUAUAGAUGUAACGGAGAUGCUCGAAAUGAGUUCAUGGUUCUUGCAAAGCAAGUUAUGACCAGAUCACCAAAAAUCUCAGCUGCUGGCUUACAAAACAUUGAUAACAUGUUUCUAUUUAACUAUUCCAAUAUAAUCGUUUCUUAUUUGGUUGUUAUGGUUCAAUUAUCACAAUUGAAAUAAAACCUUUACUGCGUAGUUUUUAUUUAUCUCAUUAAUACUCUAGAGAAAUCAUUAACUAAGUGAAUUUAUUGAUAAAUAAAUAUUAGA